ACUCCUAGAUGCGUGUUUCCACACCAUGGGCUGCCAUAAAUAGCGAGCGAAGGUCGCCUCCUUCCUCAGCAAGCAAAAGGCGCGACAUGAUAUAUACACGAAAAAUUAGCGAGGAAGGCAUCCACCACCGCCUUCAACUCCGUCUCCAUCCUUCGCCGUCACCGCCUCCUCUUCUUCCUUCCAUCUCCCACUCGAUCGAUCACAAGUUUCAAGUCAUGCUGAGUUUUCACUACCCUUUAAUCCAAUGAAGAUCUACUGUUUCACAAGCUGGUUCGAGAAGGUCUUCACCAAAGAUCUCAUUUUGGUGGAGCAUCCACACUGUGAGACCUGCACCUGAUGUUGGAUUCCGUUCGUACUCGAUGGAUGGCAUGGAUGUGGCCCGAGAACGGGAACUUGCAUGUUAUAAGGCCAACCGUGUGUGAGACUUGGUUGGUCUGUGAUCCGGGGUACUCGGUCGCGGCCCUGUGGUAAUUAACAGAUUGUGUUCGGUAGAGAUCGAAGAGAGCCGCCAAAGACGUCGAUGCGAUGACGAAUACUGCCAUGGAGGAGGAUCCCCACAGUAAUGUCAGCAGCAGCAGGGACAGGUACGCUGAGUUCAUGAAGGACUCCUGCUGCGCCCGCUACUUCCUCGGGCCGAACCCCUCCAUUGCGAGGUUCGUCUACGCUCUCAUCUUCCUCGUCACCUGCCUCCUCGCGUGGACCGUUCGAGACUAUGGCCGCAAUGCCCUCUCCGAGCUCGAGAGACUCAAAGGUUGUCAUGGUGCUCGAUAUUGUUUAGGCGCGGAAGGUGUACUCCGCGUAAGCUUUGGCUGCUUCUUAUUCUUCUUUGUCAUGUUUCUGUCCACCAUGGGGACGAAGAAACUAGAAGACUCUCGGAAUUUGUGGCACUCCGAAUGGUGGCCUGCCAAGAUCAUCAUUUGGAUUGUCUUCAUGGUGGUACCAUUCUUCAUACCCUCUGCAUUUAUCCAGCUCUAUGGGAAAUUUGCACACUUUGGUGCAGGCGCAUUUCUUAUGAUUCAGCUUAUCAGCGUAAUCAGUUUUAUAACUUGGCUAAACGACUGCUGCCAAUCUGAGAAAUAUGCAAAGAGAUGCCAGUACCAAGUGAUGGUUCUCUCAGCCACAGCAUAUGUUUCAUCCAUCUCAGGAAUUAUUUUGAUGUAUAUCUGGUAUGUGCCCAGUUUAUCCUGCAGCCUCAAUAUCCUCUUUAUCACCUUGACCCUGGUGCUUCUACAACUCAUGAUCCUCACAUCAAUGCAUGCGAAGGUUAAAGUAGGAUUUCUGGCACCAGGGCUGAUGGGAAUGUAUGUUGUGUAUCUUUGCUGGAGUGCAAUCAGGAGUGAGCCACAGACAGAGAUCUGCAAUAAGAAAACAGAAGUUGUGACAAGUGCAGAUUGGCUUACUAUUGUGAGCUUUGUUAUUGCUGUCCUUGCAAUAGUAAUUGCAACAUUUUCAACAGGGAUAGACUCCAAAUGCUUUCAGUUCAAGAAAACUGAAGCAGAGUCAGAAGAUGAUGUUCCCUAUGGGUAUGGCUUCUUUCAUUUUGUCUUUGCUAUGGGAGCAAUGUACUUUGCCAUGCUAUUUGUGGGAUGGAAUGCACAAAACACCAUGCAAAAGUGGACAAUAGAUGUUGGAUGGGCCAGCACUUGGGUCAGAAUUGUCAAUGAAUGGGUAGCAACACUUGUCUACAUAUGGAUGCUGGUUGCACCCCUUGUGUGGAAGAGCAGAAGGCAAGCAGAUCCAGUAUAGGACAUGAGGAUUGUUCUUGAUUUCUUGUGUAGAGAGUACAUAGGCAACUGCUGCUUCUUGUGUAGAGAGUUGAUAGAAUCAUCAUCAGCUCCAGAUCUCUAUAUGUCUAGCAACUGCAUUCUAGCUGGUACAAGUUAGAUUGUCUCAAGCAUCACCCACAACACAGUGGUAUUGAGUUCACAGCAUCAGUUGUGAUGGAUCCCAAAGCAUUCUUUGGAGACUUUAUGAGUUGGCUGCAGGUUUCAGGCUGUGGGUGUGGAUGCAAUGGCAUACACAUCCUCUGGAGUUGCUCAAGAGCCAGAAAGGAUUGUAUAUAUCGCAUAUCAAUUCUUUAAGAAUACUAGAAUCUCAAAUUCAUAUAAGCAGGGAAAUGUAAUAGGGUUGUGAUGUCCAAAUGGAUGUCUGAGUCUAGUAUAGCUGCUAUUUGGUGCCAUCUCAGAAAUGCAUAUUUCUGCAUCUUCCUGGUAGGAAAGCAGAAUUCUGAUCCAAACAUGUUGAGCAAAAUGUAACAGAUUCUUUUUCUUUCCAUUAUAUUAUGAUUUCCUGUUCUUGUUACAAA